AUGCUGACUUCAGUCGACUCUCUCUGGCUGCUUCUAGAGUCUGCUUUCUGCUUCUGCUGGACCUCGACCACGAGAACGCGCAGGAUCAUGGCCGGUGCAGCCCCGCGAGCUGCGUCGCCCAGCGCCUCUCGCUCCGUCUCUCGCUCGCCGUUGCCGUCUCCAGUCUCGGCCUCUCCUCUCCCUACCGCCGCCGCCCCUUCUGCGUCUGCGGCCGGGUUCUCCGGGUCUUCUUCGUCUCGCUCGUCGCGUGCCGCUCUGGUGGCGCCGUCCGGGGCGUCUGUGGCCGCUCGCCGCAGCGAUUUGUUUCCCCGAGGAGAAGAGAGCGGGGCGGAGAUAAUGGAAGUCGUCUCCUCGCAUGCGUCGCUUGCGCACGCCCCCGGACCGCCGGACGACUCCUUCUCCCCGCCGUCUUCGCUGCUCGCCUCUGCGUUUUCUUCCUGCGCGUCUUCUCUCCCGUCUGAGGCGUGCUUUCUACCCGCGUGUCACCCGACAACCUGCACCUGUCGCCUCGAACUGGGGAGCUGCGCGCUCUGUCCAGUGCCCUGUUGCUGCCUCCGCGACUCGCCCGUCUCACACGUUUCGCUGCUCGAGUAUCCGCUCUCGCAUCGGCUCCGCGUACCGCUCGGCGGGCGCGACCCUGAGGGCGGCGAGGAAGGUGACCUCGGCGCAUCGCUGGCCUUCUCAGUCUCCUCCUUCCAGACCUCUGCGUGGUCAGCGGCCUCGGCGGCGUCGCCCGGCGGCGCGGCGGAGUUCGGCUUGGAUCUCGCGUCCGAGAGCGAGAGGAAAUCUGCGACACUCUUCCUCCCCGGUGCGCUGCUCUGCUCGCCCGUCGGGGAGAGCCCCGCAGGCGUCUCGUCUCAAAUCUGCCCCUUCAGCUGCCUCGCGCCGCCGCUGCCAGGGAGCGGAGGCGCCGGCCUCGUCGCGAGCGGUGACGUGCGCGUUCCCUCGUGGCGUGGCGCGCGUAGGCUGAACCGAGGGAAACUCAGCGCGAAGGCCACUGCUAGUCGGUCUUCGUUUCUCUUGCAGGCCGAGACUGAGAAGGCGAGAGCGGCCACGGAUGCGUCGGGCUCGUCUGUGUCGCCUCUCUCCACGAGGUCGCCUUUCUCGCCCUUCGGGAGGGGCGCCGGGGCACCGCUGGGCGGCCGAGAUGGAGCGGCAGCGCAGCCACCAAAGACCGCUUUUGCUUCCGCUUCUCUUCCUGCUCUCCAUUCUUCUUCUCCCGCUGCCACUUCUGCCUUCCAUGCGCGAGCGUCAGCAGCGACGGCGGACGCUGCCUCGCAGGUCCGCGGAGUAUCUCCCUCCGCCUCUUUCGCGGCGCUAGGUUGCGACCCAGCUCGCGCCGACGCCUCGCCCUUCAGCGCCCUCUCUCCCACCCCCUCCCACGCCGCCCCCCCCCCUGCGCCGCCGCUCUCCACCUCGUUCUGCUCGCCGGUCGUUCCGCCUCUGCCUCUCGCAGGCGGGGCGGGCGCCGCAGCCGGGAGGCCCGGGGCCUCGCAGGGGUCUGGAGGCUCCGCAGGGUCCUCCUCGGCUGCCGUGGAGUCGACCGGCGCCGCAGCUGGCGGGGAGACGGCGGGAAGCCGAGCGGCGACGCGUUCGUCGCCCUGCCUGGAGCCCUUGGCUGAGCGAGCGACGCAGGACGUGUCUGUCGCCUCGGCGCUUGCGCAGCGGCGUUUGAUCGACGUGUCUGGCACGAGGGUGUUGCUUUUCGAGGGUUUGUACUUUGGGAGGAUCCUCCACAGAGGAUUCAGCAACACAGUCUGCUUCUGCAGCUGGAAGCGGCCGAUUGACAUCUCGCAACUGCCGCUCUCGGUGUCGUAUGUGAACCAUCGCCACCUGCUUCUCCCCAGCCAGCUCGCGGGGGCCCGCGGAGGAUCCGAAGACCGCGGCGAGCUCCGCGACAGGCGGCGCCCAAGAGAGGAAGAGAUGUGCGUGGACGUCGACGAGGAGGUGGCGGCGGACGCCAAGCCGCGCGCGGCGAAGCAGGAGGCCUGCAACAAACGCCUGGCCGCCGAGCCGGAGGAAGCGCGAAUCGGUGACAUGCGCGAAGAAGACGCGGAGAUGACUGAGGCGCGGCCCUUCUCACCCUCGCCCGCCCCGCGGUCGCCCCGCAGCGCGUGUGCGGCUGCUGAGGAGGGGGAGGAGGGAGCGCGCCGGGAGCGAGGAAGGAGAGAGAAAGGGGAGGGAGACCGAGUCGCCGCGAAGGCAGAAGCAGAAGAAGACGCGAAGCGGCUUGUCGUGAAGGUGACGCACAAGGACCGGCUUACGAGCUCCGUCGAACUUUUGCGAGCGCGGCACGAGGUGCUUCUGCUGCAGGAGCUGGAGCAUCCGAACGUGCUUCCGCUGCUUUUGGCGGGCGAAGAUGAGCACGAGAUGUUCAUGUUCUUCGACUUCGCCACGUGCGGGGACUUGUACAACAUCACCAAGAUGAAGGCGUUCGACGAGCAAGUCGUCCGCCACAUCUGCGUCCAGAUUCUCCGCGCGCUUCGCUACAUCCAUGGCAACGGCAUCAUUCACUGUGACAUCAAACCCCACAACUUGCUCGUCUUCCGACCGCCCAGCACCCCCGCCCCCGAGUCGCCCGGCGCGCCCGGGACCCCGCCGGCGGAAGAGCCUCUCCGCGCCGUGCCUUCUCCCCCCCUCGCGACCCGGUCGCUGCCUGUCGACGUUCCGUGCCGAGAAGGAAGGCGCAGUGCAAGUCACGACGACGGCGACGCGCCGCAGGUGGCCAAGGACCGCAAAGCGGAGCGAGAAGAAGAGAUGGAAGAAGAAGAGAGCUGUGCAGAGUCCCAGUCGGCGCCCGCCGCGGUCUCCGUUCUCGAUUGCAGCAACGGGCUCGCCAAAGUGCCCGACGAGCUCGAUAAAGUCGUCAUCAAAGUGUGCGACUUUGGCCUCGCGCAGCACGUCAAGCGCGGGCAGAUGAUCAGGUGCGACGAGCUUCGCGGCAGCCACGGAUACCUCGCGCCGGAACUCCUGCAGCGCGAGCCGUACGACGAGCGAAUCGAUCUCUGGGCAGUCGGCGUCAUCGUCUACACGAUGAUUGGCGGCUACGAGCCGUUCUAUCCUCCAAGCGAGUGCAUCAACGGCGAGUUGGAGUUCGACGACCGCUACUGGGGCUGCGUCAGCGCCGAAGCGAAGGACUUUAUCGCCAGGUUGUUGACUCGAAAUCCUAGGAACCGCAUGACUGCGGACGAAGCCCUGGUGCACCCCUGGAUCUCUGGUUUCCGGUGA